AUGGCUUUUUCUUCCAACAAUGACUUUAAUGGACCAGUUAAUGAAGCUUUUGAAGAAAAGUUUGAGCAAAUGUUCGAUCAAGCUUUUCAGAAUGUUUUGAAUUAUUAUGGCGAUCAACAUGAGACAACCAAAUCAAGGAAAAAACAGGCUUUUAUCGAAAGAGAUCGUGAAGAAGGCCACAACCGACAGAAGAAAGAUGCUCUCGGAAGGUCUGGUCUCUCACUGCUUCAGAAGUGUACAGCAGCCAUUCUUCUAUUAGCAUAUGGUACUGCGGCUGAUAGGGUUGACGAAUACCUCCGUCUAGGUGAAACAACUGCUCGUGCAUGUUUGGAACAUUUUGAAGAAGGAAUUGUAGAUUUGUUUGGUGAUGAGUACUUAAGAAGACCCACCCCAGAGGAUCUUCAGCAAUUACUUCAUAUUGGAGAGCUACGGGGAUUUCUCGGAAGCAUCGAUUGUAUGCAUUGGGAGUGGAAGAAUUGUUCAACCGCUUGGAAAGGGCAGUAUUCACGUGGUUCAGGAAAACCCAUUAUCGUUUUAGAGGCGGUAGCUUCAUAUGAUCUGUGGAUAUGGCAUGCCUUUUUUGGACCUCCAGGUACCUUAAACGAUAUCAAUGUUUUUGAUCGCUCACCCGUUUUUGAUGAUAUAAUACAAGGUAAAGCUCCGAGAGUGAAUUUCUCUGUCAACGGAACGGAGUAUAAGUUAGCAUACUAUCUCACAGAUGGUAUCUAUCCAAAAUGGACAACUUUUGUCCAAUCUAUACUACUUCCACAAGAUCCAAAAUCAUGCUUAUUUGCUGAACAUCAACAAGGUGUCCGAAAAGAUGUCGAACGUGCUUUUGGAGUCUUACAGGCUUAA